CCAUUUUUAUUGUUUACGAGACGCUAUCUCGACCCAUGUCUGUAGCGUCUUCUCAUCCUCUAAAUUCGCUCUCGUUCCUAUUUUUAGACACGUACAUUUUUACUUAAAUAUUGUUUUAUAUUGUUAUAUAGUAUCGUUUUCCCGUUUUUCAACUAUUUAGGCGUUAGUGUUAAUAUUUUUGUAAGUCGACGUAUCACCGAUUAGGAUGGCCGACAACCAGCAGCAAAACGGCUCGCAGCAAUUUGAAAACGCUGAGGCUCAACAGCAACAACACCUAAACGGUACCGCAGAAAGUGCCAACACAAAUAAUGAUUCCAAUCAAUUUGAAUGCGUCCGAGACGAUGACAGAAAAAUAUUUGUUGGCGGACUCAAAGGAGAAACAACAGAAAAAGAUUUAAGCGAACACUUUGGUCAAUUUGGUGAAAUUGAAAAUAUUAAUGUCAAAGUAGAUGCUGCCACUGGUCGAGCGAGAGGGUUCGCUUUCAUUGUAUACAAGACGAUGGAAGGUCUAGAAAAUGCCUUAGCGUGCACUAACCAUGUAAUCAAUGACAAGAAAAUUGAUCCUAAGAAAGCCAAAGCACGGCAUGUUAAAUUAUUUGUUGGAGGAUUGUCUCCUGAUUUAACUGAUGAUGAUAUCAAAGAUUAUUUCAAACGUUAUGCGCCUUUGGUGAAUGCUGAGAUGCCAUAUGAUAAAGUUAAAAACCAACGAAAAGGUUUUUGUUUUGUUACAUUUGAUUGCAUGCAGGCAGUAACUGAAAUAUUAAAAACACCUAAACAUGUCAUCAAUGGCAAACAAGUUGAUGUGAAAAAAGCAGCAUUAAAAGUUGAACCUUAUGGAAUAAUGCCAGGUGCUACAGGUCCAAUGAGAGGAAUGCGAGGGAAUGUUAGGGGGCGAGGUGGUAGAGGCGGUUUUCUAUCACAAUCUGGAUAUGCUCCUGGUGCUCCUGGUUACGGUUAUGGAGGAUAUGAUUAUUACAAUCAAUAUACUGGAUAUAGUCCGGACUAUAGUUACAGUUAUGGUUAUCCAAGUUAUGGUGCUGGUGCCGGUACCGAUUACCAGUAUGGAGGUUAUGAACCACCUGCACCACGUGGUGUUCAUGGAAAUCGUGGAGGCAAAGAUUUCCCUCAAAGGAAACCGGUCAAGACGUCAGCUUAAACAUAUUGCUGAGCCAUUUACACAGUCAUCGUAUGCCAUACUGUUUUGUGUGAACAGUAUUGUUGAUUUCGUUUUGCU